UAUGAAUAAAAUUUUUCCAACGUUCCCGGGCGUCGCGUGGCUCCAUCUUAUCGGUCGUUCCGAGCUCUCCCAGCUUCCCGAGCCCUCGCGAACGCCCACCUCCUCCCAGCGCUCCUCGCUGCCACCCCCCGCCGGUCUCCGCCGUCGUUUUCCUCCCCAUCGUCACCGGCAUCGGCCUUCGCCUUCCGAUCUCCUUCAGGGAUCAUCACUUACCAAAGAGAUGGAUUCAGGGUCCAGAAAUGAGGAUGUUGUUGGUUACAACACCACCACUGCCAAGAAGGCCCGUCUGCAAUCGAUGCUUUCCGCUCUCCUUGAUGAUCCCAUACUAUCUGAUGUUCCAAAGAAGCCGACACUGGCAGAUGUUGACACCUUGAUCAACUUGGAGUUAGGCAGCGCGAUGAAAAUAUCCGUUGUUAAGAUGGAUAAUACCUCCUUUGAUGUUGCAGUACUGAAUUCUGCUACAUUGAAGGACUUGAAAAUGGCAAUCAGGAAGAAAAUAAAUGACAUAGAGCAAGCACAGAUGGGUCACCGCCACAUCUCAUGUCUGUUCAUCUUGGCCUUGUGUUUACUUGUUAAACAUGUCUGGAUCCCCAACUUGAAGAUUGCCAGAGGCAUAUCUGGGCUAACUUUUGUUUGGUUCACCAUAAUGAGAAGCUCGUUGAUGACAAUUCUCUACUUCGUGACUAUGGCCUACGUAACAAUUCAAAGGUCGUUUUUUCCCCAUACGUCAUGUCUAGAGAAUCUCAGAAACAUUCUAGGAGAAGAAAACAUCGCCUCUUCAGACGUUUGUGACUUGUGUAUUGAGCUGCAAGCAUCUCUCUUCUGCAAUUUGAUGGUUCUCUUGUUUAUAAAGCUUUUUGAUGGAUGUCUGUAUAACUGCUGCAUUCCCUUGUGCACCCACAAGUACAUUUAUAUCUUUGUAAUUGUUCUUUCCUUUUCUGGUAUGGAUUUGAAAUUUUUUUGUAACAAUCCAGGGGACCUUGUCCAAAGAGGUUUCUCAAAAGAUGUUAUUUAGGAUUUUUGAUCUUGUAUAAGUAUCUAAAAUCUAUCUAGUGUAGAGCAAAUAUUAGAUUAAACAUGCUCGAAGAAGCCCUCAAAUUUUUCCUCUGCUAGAAAUUUAUUGGAUUAUGAUCAUUUCAUGAUUUUUGUUGCCC